CUCAAACAUUUUAUUAAAUAUGAUUUCUUUUUCUUUUCUGCGGCAAUUUAAUACAAAUCAGAUUGCCUAGAUAAUAUUUUCUAUUGUUCCUGUGAUCUGUAGUCUAAUUUGUCUUUGAAUAUUUUAUGGAAUCUUCUCUGAAGAAAACAAAUGAAUGGCCAACAAACACAUGGAAGAAAUGCUCAUUGUCCUUAAUCAUCAGAGAAAUACAAAUCAAAACCACUAUGAGGCAUCCCCCAACCCCAAUGAGAAUAGGCCACAUCGCAAAGUCCCAAAGCUACAGAUGCUGGCGUAGAUGUGGAGAGAAGGGAACACUUCUACACUGCUGGUGGGACUGCAAACUAAUACAACCUCUAUGGAAAGAAGUGUGGAGAAUCUUCAAAGAACUAAAAAUAGAUUUUCUAUUUGAUCCCGCAAUUCUAUUACUAGGCCUUCCAAAGAUAAACAUGAAUUUAGAUUCCAUUCAUCGAUUAAUUGAGGAAUCACAAAUCUUUCAGCCGCAGCAGUCAGCAGUUAAACGGCACGGUGAGAAGGUGGCGACUGCCUCGUCCCCCAGGGACACCUGUCACCGGCGCGGCCCCCUUCCCGGGCUGCAGUCUCAGGCCGCCCCCCACGUCUGCACCUGCUCCUGUAGCAGCGAGUGGCAUAUCCGUGAAGAGCUUCGCCUGCGGGAACUGGAGGAGGCCAAAGCCAGAGCCGCUCAGAUGGAGAAGACCAUGCGGUGGUGGUCAGACUGCACCGCCGACUGGAGAGAAAAGUGGAGCAAGGUCCGGGCUGAAAGGAACAGUGCCAGGGAGGAAGGCAGGCAACUCCGGCUGAAACUGGAGAUGAGAAUGAAAGAACUGAGUGAACUGAAAAAGCAGCAGUGUUCGCCGCCUCAGCAGCAGGCUGUGGAAGCUAAGGUUACCCAGGGCCCCGGGUGGCCUGGUUUUGUAGAAGAGUCCUUUGAGCACAGAGACCAAUGUCUAAUUGGUUCCCAGAUGAGUGAGUCUAUCAGACAGUGUUUGGUAAAGAGACAAUGUCCUACAAAGGAGAACACAAGUAGUGAGGAAGAAGGUGUGGUUAUUGAUUCAUUAAAAUUAAGUGAGGAGAUGAAACCCAGUGUAGAUUGUGUUGAUUUAUUCAAGAAUGACAGUUCUGGGAAUGAUGCAAUGAAACCUGAGCUGAGGCUGCAAGCAAUAAAUCUACCCUUGGAAAAUGAAAGAACUGAAAUUUCAGCUCUGCAGGUGCAUUUGGAUGAAUUCCAAAAAGUCUUAUGGAAGGAAAGAGAAAUGCGCACAGUUUUGGAAAAAGAAAUAGAACGACUGGAGUCAGCUUUGUCGCUGUGGAAAUGGAAGUACGAAGAGCUGAAGGAAUGGAAGCCGAAAACUGUGAAAGAGGCUGACAUCCUUCACAGUCAACAGGAAAAUGAAAUGGAAGACAUAUCAGGAGAUAUAAAGGAGGAAUCCAAAUCUCAAAACAGCAAGGACAGAGUGAUCUAUGAAUUAAGAACAGAGCUAGAGAGAUUGCAGGCUGAAAAUGCCUUGGAGUGGGACAAGAGGGAAAUACUUGAAACAGAAAAACAAGGUCUGGAGAGAGAAAAUAGAAGGCUCAAGAUACAGGUGAAAGAAAUGGAAGAGCUCCUGGGUAGCAAAAACAGAAUAAGUGCAAACUCUCAAGACUGUGAUUUCAAGAGGUCACAAAUUGAUCUGCAAGAGCAAAGCAAGGAACCAUCAAAUCUUCAACAUGCCCACUCUAAACUAAGCAGACAACACCAGGCAACCAUCACAGAACUGACUCAUGCAAACGAUCAAGCAGCUCAAGAUGAGGCAGAGUUAAAGAAACUGAGAGCUCACGUGGAAAAACUGAAGCAGAGACUCCACCAGAAGGAAGAUGAGAUUGAUGAUUCCCUGAAUCAGAUCCGUAAGCUCCAGAGAUCUCUGGAUGAACAGAAAGAAACGAAUGAAAAUUUGGAGCUUCAACUCAGGCACUUACAAAGCUGGUAA